AUGCUCUUGCCUAAGGGAAACGGAAGCCAAAGCCCGAAGGUUCGAGUGACGCCUCAACAGCAAAAAGUGAACAAGCCACUUGCAUCUGAGGUAUCGGAAACUGCAGACCCUCUACCCCAGAUUGCAAUCAACACUCACUCGAAUCCGAAGGCGGAGGUGCGUGGAAGUGGUAGAUCCAAGGGCGAAAAUACUGCAACUAGCCCAAGGGGACCCCACGCAACCCGAGUACCUGCAGUAAGAUCAUGGUCGCCUAUCUGGUACGCCCAACAUCUGCGAGACCAGUCAUCGGAGCAAGCUAUAGCUUUACUUUGUAUCACUGUGCACCCUAAACAUUAUCUUGAAGCUACCCAUCAAGUACUUCACGAGUUAAAUAAACUAACGGUCGAGGAGGCAGCAACAGCUAUUCACGAGUUACAUGGACCAAAACGAUACAUCCGCGGAACAGGGAAUUCAAUGUUCCUACCUGUGUCUUUGACCACUAUCGACGAUUGUCGGUCCAUUGCAACUUGCGCCCUUCUCGAUUCCGGAUGCAUGGGAUCAUCUAUCAACGCUGGAUUCGUUCAGGCUAAGGGGCUCAACAUGCAUAAGCUUGCACGCCCAGUCCCAGUAUAUAAUGCAGACGGAUCCUUAAAUAAUGGGGGUUCUAUCACAGAUUACGUGGUACUGCAACUUGCCAUAGGUCAACAUGUCGAACGUAUCACUUUUGGGGUCACAAAUCUCGGAAGCAGUAAUAUU